UUGGCUUUCCUGCUGCCUUCUGAGCCAGGUUCUCGCCCACUUUCCUCGGUCUCUUCCCCUCUACCUCCAAUAUACUCCCUCCAGCCUGCCCACUUCGCCAACUCUUUCGUCUGACACCUUCUUCGAGACCCAACAGAUCUCUCUGUUUUUCCCUCUCCUAGACUUCUCCGAGUACCAUCAACCUCUUCGCUCUCUCUCUCUCUCUCUCUCUCUCGUAUAAAACUACCCAGACUUCGUCUUUUACCUUUCAUUCUCGUAUAGUGGCUAGAGAAGCCGCGGGUGGUGGUUCUGACCGAGUCGGAGUAUUGUGAGGCUUGGGAGUGAAUUGGGAAGCGGGUGCGUCUGCAUCUCGUGUUGUUUAGAGGGUGAAUUGAGUGUGCAUUGCAUUGUGGGAGUUGGGAAGUGUGCUUAGAAACAAGGUACAAUGGUGAUGGGCGGGAUGUUCAUGAAUCGUGAAGGGCCGUCGUGGUUGCCGGCGUUGGUGAACAGCGAGAACUUCUUCUCGCAGUGCAACCACCACACUUCAGGGAAGAAUGAGAGGAAUCAAUUUUGUUUUGACUGUCCACAGGAGGGACCAUUGUGUCCGGAAGGGCUGGCGGCUUCUCACAGAGGACAGGGACACGCUACCAUACAAAUCAGGAGGGCGUCGCACAGGGAUGUCGUGCGCAUUUCUGAUAUUCAGAAGUACGUGGACCUCGCCAAUAUUCAGCCAUAUACCAUCAACAGCGCAAAGAUUGUGUUCUUGCAGUCGAAGCCGCAGACCAAGAUUGUCAAGGGCGCGGCGCAUUACUGCGAGUGGUGCCACCGCAGCAUUGCCGACCCGGUUAGGUUCUGCUCUAUCUCGUGCAAGUUGGCGGUAAUUCAGCAGGAUCCUCACGAUUUUACCCUCACACUGACGAUGUUCUCCAAGUCGGGCCCAGGAUUCUUUACCAAGGGAUGCACAGUCAGUGUAGGUGCAAUGUCUUCGGAACACAGUGCGCACAGCCAUGGCUCAGGAAUUAUGGAUUUCACCCCUGAUACUCCUAUGAAGAACUCAAAGCGCAGCGCCAAGGAUACCCAGUGGCCGUUGUCGAAGAAAGUAAAGGUUGCAUUGUCUGCAUCACCUAGUGUUGGCAUGUCGGUUCUCCUUCCCCGGGACGAUGAACUGCGAUUGUCGUCGAUGAGCCCCAUGGCACCUCCCACACCGACUUACGAGUCAGGUCCCAAGGUACACCACAGGAAGCAAGUGCGCCCUCACAGGGCGCCUAUGUUCUGAGCGUUAAUUUGCGGAUGGCCAACGGGUGAACGUGGGUGUACAAUUUGCUUUUAUGCUAUUAGUUGAAGCAAGCGAAGUUACUUAUUUUGUACGAAAGUGUGGAGGAGGGAUUUUGUCGACACCGCGAGCCCAGUGGUGGUGGAAAGUAGAAUGCGGUGGUUGUGGAAAGUGACCAGCCUUACAGCCCUUGAGCGCAGCAAUGCCGCCUUUCUAUUUUGCAAGCAAGGGCACAUCGAUUGUGUAUCCACGAAUCUGGAACAGAGGACUGUUGUUAGGGAAUGGAGGGGAAUGCUCGGUCGUCGACAAUGAAUUACAGAGAUUGCAGCGGAGCUUGUUGUAUGUCAUUAAUACAGAUCAAUGAAGGUGUCUACUAGACGGGCAGCUGAAUAAUCACGCCGUUUACUAGAGUCCGAACUGAGACUCGUCGCGUGUAUCUCCCAUUUCUGCUUCUCAGAGACAACCUUGACAGACACUAACAAAGUUGGGUGAAGAACAAAGCCCAGGUGUAAUGGCGUCAUGAUACAAGCUGGGCGUAAAUUUAGGAAAUCCUCAUUCACGGUUUCAUAAGUUAGACGUGGAGGAAUGUAAUUUAACCAGUUACGGACUUGACAUAAUAGUGUACAGGCAAGGAUUCUCGAAAGUUUCGCUAAUUUAUCAUUAAAGUCAGAAAUACUCGCAAUUGAAAUGUUUGCAGUGUCUAAGGGUGGAGUUGUGGUCAAUCAAAUCUGACCUGACGACGCUGGCAUGUAAUAUAGAAGGAUCCAUAAGUCUUAAUGUAACUUUCUAGUAUGCUCCGUUGCUAUGAAUACUCCGAUGUAUAUUAUCUAAGAAAAUGAGUGUAAAUUCAUGAUUUUCUCACAACCUUUCAUGUGAA